AUCAUAUCACCCAGCACGUGACAUAACACCUUGCAAUCCUGGAACCACGCAACCAACACUACCACAACUCCACAACAAACUAUUCCCCGAACACGGUUAGUCUCUCACCACCCCCAGACCAACCACAACUACCACGAAACCACCACAGAACGACCACGGAACUACAGAACGACCCCAUCCAACCCGCCAACCACCACAGAACGACCACGGAACUACAGAACGACCCCAUCCAACCCGCCAACUACCCCAGAACGACCACGGAACUACAGAACGACCCCAUCCAACCCGCCAACCACCACCAUGGCCAACCGCCAGCUUCCGGAGGGCAAAAGGAUUCACGUCUAUCGCAGCGGAGACGUGCACUACAGUGGCGCCUCCUUGGUGGUCAACCCGCUGCAGGUCAAGACGCUCGACAACCUCCUCACUGACGUCACUUCGAAGGUGGAACCGAACUGGGGUGCCGUCCGGAGUAUCCACACGCCCAACCAAGGAACAGUCAUCAAGAACUUGGAGGAUCUAAACAAAAGGGGCGUGUAUGUUGCCGCUGGACCCAAGGGCUUCGUCAGUAUCCCUGGGGGAUACGAAAACAUAGGCAAACCUUUGCCCAAGAAUAAACUUCAUGACUCCCAGAAGACCAUCCGCAAGGUGGGAGUGCGCAGUGAACACUACUCCGUCUCCCUCUACAAGAACGGCUUGGAGGAUGCGCCGGUCGUCUUCAAGUAUUCGUCAAAGGAUUUCUCCAACUGGGAUCAGGUCCUGUAUAGGAUGUCUGAGCAGGUCAAGCUACCUCAGGGACCUAUAAAAAGGUAG